AGGAUGUCCCAGCCGCCGGCCAGCUCCCGUCUGCACCAUGAGUGAUGAGUGGCGGCUGCCUGGCAGCGCAGUGGGCUGGCUGGCCUGCGGAGGCCUCUCCCUGCUGGCCAACACGUGGGGCAUCCUCAGCGUGGGGGCCAAGCAGAAGAAGUGGAAGCCCCUGGAGUUCCUGCUGUGCACGCUCGCGGCCACCCAUAUGCUCAACGUGGCCGUGCCCAUCGCCACCUACGCCGUGGUGCAGCUGCGGCGCCAGCGCCCCGACUACGACUGGAACGAGGGCCUCUGCAAGGUCUUCGUCUCCACCUUCUACACGCUCACCCUGGCCACCUGCUUCUCCGUCACCUCCCUCUCCUACCACCGCAUGUGGAUGGUCCGCUGGCCCGUCAACUACCGGCUAAGCAACGCCAAGAAGCAGGCGGUGCACACAGUCAUGGGCAUCUGGAUGGUGUCCUUCAUCCUGUCGGCGCUGCCUGCCGUCGGCUGGCAUGACACGAGCGAGCGCUUCUACACCCACGGCUGCCACUUCAUCGUGGCUGAGAUUGGCCUGGGCUUCGGCGUCUGCUUCCUGCUGCUGGUGGGCGGCAGCAUGGCCAUGGGCAUGGUCUGCACGGCCAUCGCCCUCUUCCAGACGCUGGCAGUGCGGGUGGGGCGCCGGGCUGACCGCCACGCCUUCACCGUGCCCACCAUCGUGGUGGAGGACGCGCAGGGCAAGCGCCGCUCCUCCAUCGACGGCUCCGAGCCCGCCAGGACCUCGCUGCAGAUCACCGGCCUGGUGGCCACCAUCGUCGUCAUAUACGACUGCCUCAUGGGCUUCCCUGUGCUGGUGGUGAGCUUCAGCAGCCUGUGGGCUGACGCCUCGGCGCCCUGGAUGGCACUGUGUGUGCUGUGGUGCUCAGUGACCCAGGCCCUGCUGCUGCCCGUAUUCCUCUGGGCCUGCGACCGCUACCGCGCUGACCUCAAGGCUGUCUGGGAGAAGUGCGUGGCCCUCAUGGCCGACGAUGAGGACUCGGAUGACGAAACCAGCCUGGAAGGUGGCACCCCCCCAGACCUAGUGUUGGACCGCUCCCUGAACUACAGCUAUGGGGGUGACUUUGUGGCCCUGGACAGGACGGCCAAGUAUGAGCUCUCUGCCCUGGAGGGGGACCUGCCCCACUUCCACCCUCUGCGGCCCUUGCAGGAGGACAAGAUGCAGUACCUGCAGGUCCCGCCCACGCGACGCUUCUCCCACGACGACACGGACUUGUGGGCCGCCGUUCCGCUGCCCACGUUCCUACCGCGCUGGGGCUCUGGCGAGGACCUGGCCGCCCUGGUGCUGCCCGGCGGGCCCGACCGGCGCCGCGGCGGCCUGCUGGCCGAGGACGCGCCCCCCUUCCGCCCGCGCCGUCGCUCGGCCGAGAGCCUGCUGUCGCUGCGCCCCCCGACCCUGGACGACGGCCCGCGCCUCGCCCCCGGCUCGCCCCCCGGCAGCCCGCGCCGCCGCGCCGGGCCCGGCGCCCGCUGCGCCUCGGCCUCGCUGCUGCCCGACGCCUUUGCGCUGACCGCCUUCGAGCGGGAGCCGCAGGCCCUGCGCCGCCAGCCCGCCUCGCCGGGACCCUUCCCCGUCCGCGCCCUUCCCCGCGACGGCGCCCAGCCCAGCGGGGACGCGGCGCCCCCUGGCGGCGGCGGCGCGCAACGGAGCCCCGGGCCGCGCCCGGCCGCACACGCGCAUCCCAGGACCCUGCGGACCGGCCUGAGCGCGUCGUGGGACGAACCCGGGGGCCUGCGCGCGGCGGGCGGCGGCGGCAGCACCAGCAGCUUCUUGAGCUCGCCCUCGGAGUCGUCGGGCUACGUCACACUGCACUCGGACUCGAUAGGUUCGGCGUCUUAG